GCUGUUAUUGUUGUUGUCGAGGCCGCCCGCCAAAACAUUCGCCUGGCCGACCUGCUCCUUCCCUCCUUCACCGCCUCGUAUUUUCCCCACAAAAUGACGCUCUCUGCUAGAACACGCUUGAAAAUAAAGGGGGAGAAGAGUGCUGUGAGGUUCCAUUGGAUAGGCAAACCGCUGGAAGCGUCGAGGAAGGAUCGGUUGCAGAGGGAUAAGACAUUUUACAGUGGGUUUCGACUUGAUAGAAAUACUGUGUAUGUUGGUGACUGUGUUUAUGUUCGGAAUGCUGAUUCGCCAAACCCCGAUUCUCCAGAAGGAUCUGAUAUUGCAAGAAUCAUCAGGUGCUAUGAUAAUGGUGAAAGAAAAGAUAGCAAACGGGUGAUUGUUCAGUGGUACUCACGGUUGGAUGACAUUAGUUUUGGCCAUCGCAAGCAUAUCGACAAAGAUAUACCUGCUCUUGAUAAUGCCCUAGAUGUGGUAAGGGAAGAAAGGGCAUUUGAAGCAGAUGUCGAUGCAGAAAGUAUUCUCAGUAUGUGUUAUGUUCAAGAAGUGUCCUGUUAUGUUGAUCCAAAAACUGUCAAAAGGCCAUCACAUUGUUCAGAUCCAUUUUAUGUGUGUCGAUUCAGUUAUGGCGGCAAGAUUCCUCGUCUGCAUCCAUUAGAUGAUUUGGGGAAUUCACUGUUGAAAACUAACAGAAACACUGCACGCCGAUCUCUUGCCGAUGAUUUAACCAAUUUAACUUCAACAAGUAAAAAGUCAGAUACUACUACAAAAAUAAAACAUGGUAAAGAAAAUGCCGCUAAAACUCCAACCAUUGACAAAAUUGUAAAACGUGACGAAUCUCCUGAAAUUACUCUCCAAGAGCCAAGUGCAAGAUACCAGUUGUUGAAGAAAAAUAUGUCAAUAAAGAUAAAAAGAGUUCAACUAAUUCCAGGUAAUGUUCACCCUCCCCAGACCUUGAAGCGACAAGCUGCAGAUGAAGAUGAUCUUGCACCAAGAAAAAGAGCUCGAAUCAGUCUGAAUGAUUGUUUCAAAGAAAACACUGACAAGUCAUCCAAAGUCAUUUCUAAUGAGAAUAUGACCAGUGUGGAGAGACAAAGUAUCUCUGGACGAAAACUUAAGAUUGUUUGCUAUAGAAAAUUUAAUGAUGGUGAAAUUGAUAGAAAUGGAAAUCUCACGCCUUUGUCACCAGAGCACCGUGCAAAACACUCGUCUAAAAACUCACAAAUUAGUGUUUCAAACAGUAUUAGUAAAUCACCAAAGCAGAUCGAAAACAUAAAAAAGGUUGGCAAUGUUCGUGCCCUUAAAGCAAAUGAAAUUGAUGAUUUACUGGAUAGUGACAGUGAGAGUGACAACUGUAGUAAUAGUGAAGAGGAGGAGGAGGAAGAGCCUGAAAUGAAGUCUUCCAAAAAAUUAGAGACUUUUCGUGAAAGUCGAAUAAUUAAGCUGAAGGAAAAUCAUAAAAAUUUGAAAUCAAAUCAUGAUUAUAUGAAAGAUGUUCCAUUAAUAGACCUAACAUCUGUGAAGAAAGGUACCCCUGCAAAAAAAGAAAAAUUACCAGAAUCCACAACUCCUCAAAAGACUGAACGUGUUCGACCAAAAUCAAAAAGUACCGUCAAGAAGAGGUACGAGUGUGAUAUUUGUGGCGAGUAUUUUUCAUCUCGUACCGAGUUAAGAGACCAUGUAGAGGAUCACGAGGAUUUUUAUCCAACAUCAAAAUCCCCAAGCAGAAAAAACAAGAGUAAACGUAUACCUCGCACACCAUCCACUACACAAAAGAAUUCAAGGAAAACUCCUGCAACUCCUAAACUUCCAUUCCGAGAAGAGCCUGUGAAAGAUCCUCAGACGCCACUGGAACUGGCACGGGCUCGCCUGCAUGUUUCAGCGGUCCCCGACUCUCUACCUUGCAGGGAGAACGAGUUCCAAGAUCUAUACUCUUUUGUUGAAGGCAAACUGAUGGAUGGUAAUGGAGGAUGCAUGUAUGUAAGUGGUGUACCUGGCACAGGAAAGACUGCAACUGUCAGGGAAGUAGUAAGACUUCUUAAAGAAUGCAGCCAUGAAGGGGAUUUGCCUUCAUUCACUUACCUGGAAGUCAAUGCAAUGAGACUAACAGAGCCUCAUCAACUCUGGGUUCAGGUAUGGAAGGGUUUAACAGGAAACAAGGCAACUGCAGAGCAUGCCUCCUCUUUACUUGAAAAAAGAUUUUCCAUCCCAGCCCCAAGGAGAGAACCAACAGUGUUACUGGUGGAUGAGCUGGAUCUCCUGUGGACUCGCAAGCAGGAUGUGAUGUAUAAUCUCUUUGACUGGCCAUGUCGUCCUGGAAGUAAGCUGAUUGUUGUAGCCAUUGCCAACACCAUGGACCUUCCUGAGCGCAUUAUGAUGAAUCGGGUGUCAUCUAGGCUUGGGUUGACGAGAAUGACUUUCCAGCCUUACAAUUACAAGCAGCUGCAGGAAAUAGUAAUGUCUCGCCUAUUAGGUAUCGAUGCUUUUGAUCCAGAUGCAGUACAGUUAGUGUCACGCAAAGUUGCAGCAUUGUCGGGGGAUGCCAGGCGAGCACUUGAUAUAUGUCGUCGUGCCACAGAAAUUGCAGAGACAAAGAAGCUUCCAGCUAGUCCAUUGAAAUCCCCUGUGAAGAGGGCAGCUCUGGUUGGAAUGUUGCAUGUUGAUAUGGCAAUAAAAGAAAUGUUCACAUCACCCAAAAUCACAGCUAUAAGAAGUUGCAGUUUCAUGGAGCAGUUUGUUCUUCGUGCGGUUGUUGCCGAGUUCACACGCACUGGACUAGAAGAAGCUGUUUUUAGCCAUGUAUUGGAUCAGUUCAUCUCACUCUGCAGAUUUGAAGGAGUUGAGCCAUGCUACACAUCAGAAGUAAUGACAAUCAUAAAUCGACUCACUUCACAACGAUUAAUCCUGACAGAGCACUCCCGUAAUGACCUAAAUCUACGCCUAAGGUUGAACAUAUCAACUGAUGAUGUUACCUAUGCAUUGCAAAACUCAAGUCAUUGAAAAUAUUGCCAGUAGACACAUAUUAUAUAUACAGUACUGUAAACAAAGUUUUUACUGUUUUUAGUAAUGCUUAACUAUUCAAUUCACUGAUUUUCACUCCAAAUAUUUUAUUUAUUGACGAGACUUUUUGUUCAUUUUAUAAUUAAGCUUAUUUUCUAACCAAAAUAUAAUUUAGCAUUAAUUUAAUGAUUAAUAAGGUACUGAACAUUCUUUUCCAGGCAUUUAAAUUUGAUUGGGAUUUUAUUUUAUUUGAGAGAAUCUGAGGACUUUUGUGUUAUUGUGUUAAGUUGCAUUUUACUUAGUUUCCCAAAAUGAACCAAAAGUAAAUACUGUAUAUGAAAUGUUUUUCCAAAAGUGGGAGACAGUUCACACUUAAGUGCUCCAGUUUAUAUAUAUACUGUGGUACUGUAUUGGUUUAAUGCCUUGCGACUUACCUGUGUAUAAGCUGCAGAUAAUGACACAAGGAUUAAACAGCUUCUCCCUUAGUCCAGUGAUGUUAAACAUCUCUUCAUUAUCACAAUUUAAUUUGUUCAUACCUUAUAUUGCUAAAUAUUUUGUAAUUUUAAAAUGUACUCUACCUGCAAUGCAGGAAUUUUAAUUUAUAUUUACACCAAUAAAGUCAACUUUUGA